UUCUUCAACAGCGACAAAAAGCUUCUGAUUCAACCAACGCUGUGGUUUCAUGGCGAACAUAAAACCGAACACUUUAGACUAUUGUUGUGUGUAUUAAUGUCAGUGUUUGCUUGUUAAAUUAAAUGCGCCAAUUUGUUAAAUUGAGAACGUUACUGCACUAGGCUAAUCGCUAAUGCGAGCUAGCUAGCUAACAUCCCGACCAUGAGCUCACGAAGAUAUUCGGAGAAAGAAGCUCUAGGGCUGAACAUCAUCGUAAAAGAAGAAGAGGAAGAAGCUUUAAGAAUAAAAAAGGAAGAAGAGGAGGAGACUGUCACAUUAGAAGAAGAGGUGGAUAUGACAGUGAAAGAAGAGAAAGUACCUUUUUUAGAAAAAGACGAAGAGGAGAUAGGUUUCAGAAUCAAAAAGGAGGAAGAUGCCGUAACAUUAAAAGAAGAAAAUGUAGUGAAAGAACUUCUUGGAGUAAAAGAGGAAGAGGAGGCUUUCUCAAUUAAAGAGGAGGAAGACGUUUUGGGAGUGAAAGAGGAGGAGGCUGUAGAUCAGACUACCACCAGAGAGAGACAUGACUAUGGUGGAUCCUCUGGGGAGCCUCAACAACAUCCUGAUGCUGACGAGGAAGAGAAGAGUCUCUCCAGAUCAGAACACCAGAUGGACAACGCAAGCCCUUCCUCCCUCCCAGAGUCCCUGUAUCGUACCUCUCCUGGUAGCACCUUACUGCUGGGUAUGAAGAGGUUGUCUGUGCUGCUGGUGGACUGCAGGAAAACAACGGGGCUGAGUGGAACUGUGAGAGGAGGAGAAGAGGAGAAAGGAUCAGAUUUGACACAUCAGAAAGAGAGACCCGACUCAGAGGAACCAGAGACGUCUGAACCAGCGAGACGACACCACUGUUACCAGUGUGGAAAGAGUUAUACCCGUUUAUGGAGCCUGAAAAACCAUACGAGAACACAUGCAGAGAAGAAGUCUUACAACUGCUCUCAGUGUGGAAAGAGUUUUAACCAUUUAGGGAAUCUUAAAAACCACAAGAGAACACACGCAGAGAAGAAGUCUUACAAUUGCUCUCAGUGUGCAAAGAGUUUUACUCAUUUAUGUAACCUAAAAUCGCAUGAGAGACGACACACAGGAGAUAAGCCUUACCAAUGCUCUCAGUGUGGUAAGAGAUUUAUUGAGUCAACAGAACUGAAAGUUCAUAAGAGAAUACACACAGGGGAAAAACCAUUCCAAUGCUCUCAGUGUGUAAAGACAUUUUCCCGACCAGGAGACCUGAAAUCACACGAGAGAAUACACACAGGGGAAAAACCGUACCACUGUUCCCAUUGCGAAAAGAGCUUUGGCUGGUCAGGGACACUGAAAGAGCACGAGAGAAUGCACACAGGAGAAAAGCCAUUCCAAUGUUCGCAGUGUGGAAAGGGUUUUGGCCAGUUACGGUACCUGAAAACACACGAGAUGAUUCACACAGGAGAGAAGCCUUUCCAGUGCUCUCAGUGUGGAAAGAGUUUUAUCCUGUUAGUAAACCUGAAAUCACAUGAGAGAAUACACACAGGGGAAAAGCCAUACCAUUGUUCCCAUUGUGAAAAGAGUUUCAGCUGGUCAGGGACACUGAAAGAGCAUGAGAGAAUACACACAGGAGAAAAGCCAUUCCAAUGCUCUCAAUGUGGAAAGGGUUUUACCCAGUCAGGGAGCCUGAAAAUGCAUGAGAGAAUGCAUACAGGAGAAAAGCCUUUCCAUUGCUCCCAAUGUGGAAAGAGUUUUACCCAAUUAAGAAGCCUGAAAAGUCAUGUGGUGACACACAAAGGAGGGUAGCCUCACCUCUGCUCCCAGUGUGGAAAGAGUUUUACCCAAUUAAGAAGCCUGAAAAGUCAUGUGGUGACACACAAAGGAGGGUAGCCUCACCUCUGCUCCCAGUGUGGAAAGAGUUUUACCCAAUUAAGAAGCCUGAAAAGUCAUGUGGUGACACACAAAGGAGGGUAGCCUCACCUCUGCUCCCAGUGUGGAAAGAGUUUUACCCAAUUAAGGGUCCUGAAAGAGCAUAAAAUAAUACAUACACUCUUCAUGUCACUAAUUUUCAGAGGACCUGAAAUCACAUGAGAGAAAAGAGGCUGUGUUCUGAUUUAUGUAUUUGGGCAUCUAAUGAAAUCCAUGAAAUCUAAUUUGUAUAUAUGUAAAAUCAUACCCACAAAUAGGCCUACAUUUGUUUUUCUAUUUUUCAUCUUGAGGCAUGUUCAGAUUUGAUCAA